CGGAUGGUUGGAAUAAGUUGUUCUUGUUGUUUUUGUACCAGAAAUACCCUGCUGUUGAGUCUGAGAAGUCUGGUAAUGACUGAAAUUAUCGACAAUGUAAAAAAGAUACGAGGAGAGUCUUGGUUAUAAGGGGAGACCCUAUCGAUAUAAUGGAUAGACACAAAAUUAGCCGAUUAUUUCUUGUGUUUCGCGUUGUAAUUCACUCACAAGCUAAAGAAGGAUGCACUAUACAUAUAUAGACCCAGCAACAAAGAUGGCAGAGCACAUAAUCAUUGGUACUCGUUUUGACAGUUUAACAAAGCUGGAACAAGCUGUCAAAACGUACGAGAAGCAACACCUGGUGCAGCUGUACAAGAGACACACCAGGUCCAUUCAGAAGUAUGCAGAACGCGUCAAGAGUCGUAAUUUGAUGGAAAUUGCUAAUAAAAACUUGGUCAAUGCGGAGAUGGACUUUGCUUGCAUUCAUGGAGGCAAACCUAAUUUCAAAUCACGUGGGAAAGGUAUCAGGCCAAGCCGCCAAUCCUUCCAACUCAAUUGUCCAGUCCAUAUGAAAUUCAGACUGACAACAGAUGCCCAGUUUUUAGAGGUCAGGGCUCUGGAGGAUGCACACAAUCAUCCGCUGCGCAAGGUUGAUGGACAGGAUUAUCCUAAGAUAAUUUGA